CUUACUCGUAGGACAAGGGCACUGAUUGGCUAGAAAACGAAACUGAUAUCCAGGAUCCAUACUGCGCAUGCUAGGUGGGUAGUUUAGGUUGCUUCGGUAUUUAGCAAAAGCAAAAAGUUAUCCAGAAUCCAGAAAAAAAAUUGAAAAAGCGAAUAAUUUAUCAGAGUUUACGCCCUCUAGUCUAUCAUAAUAUUCUAAUGGUAUAAUGGUAAAGUGCAUCAUAUUAUUCUAAAGCUAAUAGCUGUUGUUAUUUUUUGGAUAAACAUCCCCUUCACAAGAAAUCCCUUUAAUAUCAUACUCUCAAGGUCCUAUUAAUUAAGGAUAUUGAUACAAUGUUUUCUGGAUUAUCAAACCAAGUGAGCUCCUGGAUGGGCAGUGUUAAGGGUGAAACUGAAGAAAAAGUCCCUACUCCCACAGAAGAUAGUGAUGCACUUCUUGGACAAGAAACCAAGGAAGGAAGCAGCCCUACUAAAAUCACAGGAGGAAGCCGUCUAGAAAUGUUUUCCAACGUGAAGAACAAGGUUGAGGGUAUAGGCGGAUGGUUGGGUUCAAGCAUACCAAAGUUACGUAAAGGUGAACAGGACGCUGGCAAUCCCGACGCAGUUGGAAAUGAUAAUCUCGCCACUGAGAGUGGAUCUCCUGUGGCAGGUGAUCUAGUUAAAGAGGCUAGAGAAGAUGAUGAUAAUUCCAGUGCUACCGGGGGAGCAGACUCGGGACCGCAGUCACUUGCUGAAUCGCUCACCGAGGAAAAUAAAGAAGGUCAAUUUGGAAAUGUACAAAGUAAGGCUUUAGCUGGCGCAAAAUCCAUUGGCAGUUUUUUAUAUUCUGCUGUAAACAAAGCUGGCAAAUCCGUCACUGAGGCGGGAUCAAAAAUUCAUGUCAUUAAUAAUAUCCUAGGUGAAUUCAACAAGGAACAGGAAGCAUUUAUGAAAGGUAAGGUAAACUCAUCUUCAACGGCAUUACCACCUUGGGCAGGAUGUGCAAAUGAAGAAAGCUUGAAAGAAGAAUGUCUCAGCCUAUCUACUGACAGAAGGAACUUUGUUCGUGCUCCUCCAGCUGGUGUUGACUUCCAAUUCGACUACGAAGUUUCUUACCCAGUUGCCAUGGCCAUAAUGGAACAAGAUCCGAAUUUGGAAAAAAUGCGCUACGAACUUGUGCCUAAAAUAAUAACUGAAGAAGAAUUCUGGAAAAACUACUUCUACCGGGUAAGCCUAAUCUGCCAGGCCAAUGAACUGUCCUUUAUGUCCAGAGAAGGUGAUAACCAGGCCAUUGAUACUUCUUCAGUGCAACCUAUAGAUUUAUCAGAAAAAGAGCAUGAAUUUGUUUCUGAUACCCUAAUUACAAAUAAGGAAGAUAUACAAGAGGUACAAGAAGGUGUGAAAAAACUUGCAUUGGGAUCAAAACCAUUAAACGAAGAAGACUGGGAAAAAGAAUUAGAAGCGGAGUUACAGGAUUACGAAAUGGUGAACGAUGCAAAGGACAACAUUAUCGACAAAGACCUUGAUGAUAUACUUAAUGAAGAAACGGAUUUGAAGUAACUUUCAUGUGACUGAUUCAAAUAUUUUGGUUAAACAUUAUUUUUGUGUAUUGAAAGUGUAUCAUUUGAAUCAGUAGAUUGAGAUGUUUAUUUUAAAGCUUUCUACUAUUACCAAUAGGAAAUAUUUGAAAAAAAUAAAAACACUCAUUCAAAUGAUUUUGAAUGUGGGCUCACAUUGUAGCAGAAACUUGAGGCUAAUCAAACAGACGUAUUAUGUAGUUUGUAGUACAUUUCUUAAGGCCAGUUAUCUUAUUGGGAGACCAAUCAGUGCGUAGUUCCUCAAUAUUUUCGCAGGUUUUACAUGGUAGAAAUACUUGUGUUUAUUGCAGAAACUGUUCAUGUGGCUGCUCUACUAUUUGACAUUAAUUAUUCUACUUCCAUUAUUACCAACCUGUAACUUAAAGAAAUCAACAUCAGACUGCAACCCCCAGAUAAAUUUUUCCCAACUAGUCAGUCACUACCCACUCACAUCUAUAAUAUAUUUAUAUGUAUAUAAACAAUGGGAGUUUCUUUCUCUUCAAAACUAAAUUAUGGUUGUUUCCAGCGAUGCCGACACUCGAGAUGCAGCAGCAUUACUUUUGUUUUAAAAUGACAAGACCAAAAAAUGGUAACUAUUAUCUACGUCAUAACUAAAAUUAAAAUUAUAUAAUGACAUGAGAAAUAAAAUUUAUUAAGCACCACGGUCAUUGUGAGCUAAGCGCUCCCUUCUGUCAGUGUAUUUACACAACAUGGCUGAGUUGGCUGACAAAAGUAGGGUACGGGUCGGUCGAGUUGAUUUUUUGUGUCUUAACACUGUAUGUAAAAAAAAAAAACAACUUCACCAUUUAACAUUCCUUAUUAUCUGCAACGCCUGAGAAAAUAUUUAGAAAUUAAGCACUGUGAUUGAUCUACAUCCAGAAAAAAUAUGUCUCAACUUAUUUUCAUAGAAAGUUUAAAAAUAAUACACUUCAUAUAGAUUCUAAUUCAUUUUGCAUUCCAAGGUUAAAGGAUGCAGUUAAACUUUCACUUAUCUUCUGAGCGAACGUUAGGGAUUUGUUUGUUGCAUUAGGGCUCGACUGUUAAUAUCGGUUUAUUCUUGAUUUCAAUCCGUUGAGAAAAUUGGUCAAUCUGUGAAGUAGAAAUCGAGUUAAAGUUUUUAGGCGUUAUACAAAAAUGUGAUUCGCGCAGUUCCUGCAUUUUCUCAGUAUCUUCCCAAUUAUGUACCCAGAAUGUUUAAAGAUCGGUGCUACAAUAUGUAGUACUUAAUCCACAUAACUUCUUCUUCCACUUCCAUAGUCCACGCAACAUUUCUGGCAAGCCAAACGGCGAUGUGCACUUCUUGACGGAAACAGUAAUGAACAAGUUUGUUACAUAUUUUUUUUUUUGUUUGCAAUAUGAUUAUGUGUAGUAGGUAUGUAUUUUGAAAUACAUAUUUAAAAAAAUACUAGUAAAUUUAAAUGCAUAAUUGUCAUGUAAUCAUAAACUUCAUAUUUAAUUUGUAAUAACCACAAUAUUGGAAACUAUAAUCGGCAAUCAGGAGCUACACCAAAAAAAUAAAAGAUUGAAGCUAGAAUUCGGCAACGCUGCGAAAUGAUUGAUAUGGAGUGGCAUGAUCAGAGGCAUGAUCGACAGCACAGUGGCUGGCGUGGUUAUUGGUGAAACCAAAGAUAUGGUUGUCUUCAGUUCAAGUUAGCACUUUCCAGAUUGGUGCUUUUUUGACGUUAUGUUAUUUUUAUUUGUUUUAUUGCGCCUGUGGUAUUUUCUGACCGGUGCAGUGUUGCUCUUUCUCUAAUUAACCCAACAAACAGAAUGUUCUAAGCCUAAAAUUGCUGAUGCAAGAUUUAUUUAUAAAAUUUGUAAAAAUCCUAGACAAAUUGAGAUUUUUAGAAAUAUAAGAAAUUGUAUACAAAUUUAUUAGGCAAGUCCUGAAAUCAAGUAUUUUGAAAAAUGUGAUAAACUGCGCUUUGAAGGUCUACACUGAAAUUGAAGUAGAAAGUUAAGUGUAAUUCCUCCAGAAUGAGUUUCGCUAAAGAGAGUCGCUAGUAUGCUAAUUACAAAAAUAAAGAAUAGGUAUAGCAAUGAAAAUUAAAAAAAGUAUGUGUUGUGAUUAAUCUAAAAUAUUGAAAACAUUAUAUAUUAUGUAUUAUGAAUAAAGUGGGCGAUAAAGCAUUGAAAAUUCUAUAUAUGUGUAUAUCAAGAAAUCUCCAUGAGGAAGCAUUUUCUCAUUACGGACUUCUUAAAUGUAAUGUGAUUAUAUUAGUUUAUUUGAAUUAAUAGUUGAGUUUUAGUAAUUUAUUUGUUGUUAAAUUUUGAUUCAGUAUACAUAUUUAUGUACCUAUGUAUAAUAGAUAAAAUAUUAUUUUUUAGGUGCUAUGAUAAAUUAGUAUUUUUUUUUUUACUAUUUAUGUGAUAAGUUUCAUAUCAUAGUUUGCGAGUAGUGCUUAGAUAUGUAGCUUUUCAGUGUUGGAAGGAUUUAUUCCAUUUCUUCAUAUAAUUAUUGUUAUAAAACAAAUACCCUAUUGUUAAAAUGAAAUAAAUGUAGUUGUGCUCAUCAA